AUGAUCAAGUCUGUCCUUAUCUUCAAUAACCAUGGGAAGGCCAGAAUCACAAAAUUUUAUCAGCAAAUUGACAUUGGUACGCAGCAAGCGUUAGUUCACGAGAUAUACGCCUUGGUUUCAAAGCGUCCAGAUACGGUAUGCAAUUUUCUCGAGGGAAGUCAGAUGCUUGGCGGAAAGGAUACUCGAAUUAUUUAUCGACACUAUGCGACCCUAUACUUUGUUUUUGUUGUCGACGAAUGCGAAAGUGAGUUAGGCAUACUGGACUUGAUUCAGGUUUUUGUGGAAAGCUUGGAUAGAUGCUUUGAAAAUGUGUGCGAACUCGACUUGAUUUUUCACUUCGAAGAGGUACCCACCGUUGAACCCAUAGUUCAUCACAUUCUCACCGAAGUUGUCAUGGGAGGAAUGGUUUUGGAGACAAACAUAUCGGAAAUAGUUUCUGCAUAUGGAGAGACGAGCAAACACAAGAAAAGAACAGGAACAAUGGCUACGAUUGCCGGAAGCGGAGCUGGCGUUGCCAGAGAUUUAGGUGCCAAUCUGGCAAGCACAGUUACAACCACUUUGCAAACCACAUUACAAAGUGCAACAUUCCCUACAUUUCGAAGGAAUUCGGGUUUCAAUUCGUAG